AUGUCUGUCCGAGGAGGGGCAAAUGCUUCAUCUGGCAUGGGUGUUGCUGAUCACAGCAAAAGCACAUACAUGGAAUUGCAAAGGAAGAAGGUGCAUCGCUAUGUGAUCUUUAAGAUUGAUGAGAAGAAAAAGGAGGUCGUUGUUGAAAAGACUGGCAGUCCAGCUGAGGGUUAUGAUGAUUUCACUGCAUCGCUCCCUGAGAAUGAUUGUCGAUAUGCAGUUUAUGACUUUGAUUAUGUCACUUCUGAGAACUGCCAAAAAAGCAAGAUCUUUUUUAUAGCAUGGUCUCCUUCCGUGUCUCGGAUCCGUGCCAAGAUGCUUUAUGCCACGUCCAAGGAAAGGUUCCGCAGGGAGCUGCAAGGUAUACAUUAUGAGAUUCAGGCCACCGACCCAACUGAGAUGGACCUUGAAGUGAUCAGAGAGCGUGCUACUUAA